AUGGAAUUUUUUGCCGAUGGUGGUUUUCAACAAUUAUUUUGUGAUUUAAAUGAACAACAAUAUUGUGAAUCAUCGAUAAUGUGGAAUGAUCAAGGAUCCCUAACACCGGAUUACAGUGACCACAAUGAGCUGAACAAUAACACCGAAAUUUCCGAAGAAAAUUAUUUAUAUUGUGAUAAUGAUUAUUAUUUUGUGACAAUGGAAGCGGAGUCGGAAGCCUCAAAUCCCAACGAUCUCAGUGAAAAACAUCUGCAAGCCAGUUUAGAUUAUCUGCUUAACAACAGUUAUGAUCUCAUGGACAGCAUUUCGCAACACGCCGAACUAACAUUACAAGCCAAAGAACUCAGUGAUUGGGAGGAAAAGUUUCUCGACAAUUACAUAGAAAUUCCCGAACUUGUCGAAUUCCUACCCGAAAAGACACCCCUGUGUACGGAGAACUGUAAUCAUUUCCUACAGGAGAGUGCGGAGAACUUAAAACUAUUUGCCACACCACCAAGUUCACCGGGAUCAUCGUGUAGCUCACCCACCACAUCACAAACUAACAGCAAACUGCCAUCCUCCGCGGAAUACACCAAAGAAAAUGAUAAAAUCUAUACCUGCAAUUUUGGUGAUUGUGGUAAAAUUUAUGCCAAACCUGCCCAUUUAAAAGCCCACCUGAGACGCCAUCUAGGCGAGAAACCCUACGUGUGCACUUGGUCAGAUUGUACGUGGCGUUUUUCCCGUUCCGAUGAAUUAGCCCGCCAUCGCCGUUCACAUUCCGGUGUUAAACCGUAUAAAUGUGAUUUUUGUUCGAAAUGUUUUGCCCGUUCCGAUCAUUUGACAAAACAUCGAAAGGUUCAUGAACGAAGGAUUUUAGCAGCCAGCAAGGCAGGGAAACUGUGCCUGGGUGGUGUUAUGCCUCAGUCCGUGUUGACUGUCAGACCGGGACGGAAGAGGAAAAAUCAAUUAUAG